AUGACGAGAGUUAAAGACGUACGCGAAGAGCAGACUAUGUACCUACAGAGCAAUCCCAACCCCUGUCCGUUAAACUUUUAUAUUAGGUACAAGUAUCGUAAAAAAUUCGCCGCACACCGUGAUUAUAGGCUACGCUUAAAUGACGCCUUGGCACGAGAAUGUCGGUCCAAUAAGCUGUUAGAACUCAAGAAAAAAUGGGAAACGGGGGAAUAUGACAACGACUGGUCUGAGUAUCUGGAAAGAAAAGCAGAUCAUAAGGCAGAUGUGAGUGAUGUAGUAGAGUCAUAUUACAUGGAUCUUGAAUUUGAUGGGCUAUAUCGUUCAUGGACGUUUCUCACUACCAAGCUUGUUAUUGACAAGCCUACAAUUCCAUUGUUUGAGUAUACAUUCUCUCAUUUUUUACAAUUAGAAGAUUGUGUCAAUAAACUCGCCAUGAAGUACAAAUACCAAAGCGAAAACUCUACCCCAACUGCCCAAAUGCAGUUUGUCCGAAGGCUGCCAGAUUCUCCACAAAUUAAACUUAUGUUAAAUUAG